AUGACAUCGUCGGGGAGCUCCAUCGGGAUUUUCUGGGGCCAAGCGGGGCGUCUUCCUUCAGCUGGAAGCUCACGAAAAGACUCGAGCUCUGUGGUAUUGCCAAGACUAGUGCAGUCUCCUAGCUCUGCGUCGUUAGAAGUGCAGGCACCACCUCGAGAUAGAGCUGCUACGUCCCUGCUGGAGGUGCUCUAUACAUUGGUACACAGCAUCAAGAGCGACAUGAGCAACUUCAUGAAGAGCAUGCGAGCGAUGGAUUCGCCGGCAGAUAACACGAUCCACUUUGUUGGGCAAAACGGACCACGUUAUUACUCGCCGGCAGUUGCUGCCGAAGACCGAGAGUUUUUCGUCCGCGAACGUGAGAUGGAGGCUGACAAGGAGGUGGCGCUAGCUGCGUCUGCAUUGGCGCGAGAGCGUCAUUGUGCCGUGAUCGACAAGCAGUUCUACACUUUCGAUCGACGGAAGCAAAGCCGUGGUAGCAGAAUCAAUAAAGAACAAAGCAGCAAAGAUGCUGUUGCUACAGAAACUGCUCGUAUCGAUCGUCACCGCAGGAAGAUUGAGCAUCUGCUGCACAUUCUUCAGGACGAGAUCACAAAGGAGACGCACAGGGAAAUUGAGUUCUUGGAGUUUAGUGGACCCAACGGACCGGGAUCGCGGCAGUCUCGACGACACAUAGCGUCGAUCAUCAAGGCCCGAUACGAGUCAGCAGAUCGGAUCAUGCGCAUCUUGGAGGAAUACAAAAUCGCGGUUGGGGUGCCAGCAGCAGACUAUUUACUCAAGACGAUCGAAGAAGGAAAUGCGCUCAUGUCUUAA